AUGGCGUACGUCUUCAAACGCGGUCAACGCAAGGAACGCAUUCAAUUCGACAAGAUAACUUCCCGCAUCGACAAGCUAUGCUACGGGCUCGACAUGAACUACGUGGACCCCAUCGAAGUCACGCAAAAAGUCGUGCAAGGUGUCUAUCAAGGUGUAACUACAGUAGAGCUCGAUAACCUCGCUGCCGAGACUGCAGCCUAUCUCACGACAAGGCACCCUGACUACGCUAUCCUUGCAGCCCGCAUUGCUGUUUCGAACCUGCACAAAGAAACAAAGAAAAACUUCUCUUCAGUCAUCACUGACCUCUACGAAUAUAUCAACCCUAAGACAGGCAAAUCAGCCCCGAUGGUAUCAGAAGAAACUUAUCGAACGGUCAUGGCGCACAAGGAAACCCUCGACUCGGCCAUUAUCUACAAUCGCGAUUUCAGCUAUAAUUAUUUUGGAUUUAAAACCUUGGAACGGUCAUACCUCAUCCGCCUUAACGGUCGUAUUGCUGAGCGGCCACAACAUAUGAUCAUGCGGGUCGCUGUUGGGAUACACGGAGACGAUAUCGAGCAUGUCUUGCAAACAUACAACCUCAUGUCCGAGCGAUAUUUCACUCAUGCUACUCCCACUCUCUUCAAUGCCGGUACCCCUUCGCCUCAAAUGUCCUCAUGCUUCCUUGUUUGCAUGAAAGAUGAUUCUAUCGAAGGUAUCUAUGAUACCCUGAAAAACUGUGCUUUGAUCAGCAAAUCAGCCGGUGGCAUAGGAAUUAGCAUACAUAACAUCCGGGCCACUGGUUCUUACAUUGCCGGCACGAAUGGGUACUCGAAUGGUAUUGUGCCAAUGCUUCGGGCGUACAAUGCUACUGCACGAUAUGUCGACCAAGGUGGUAACAAGCGUCCUGGGGCUUUCGCUAUCUAUCUCGAACCUUGGCAUGCUGAUAUCUUCGCGAUGAUCGAUUUGAGGAAGAAUCAUGGCAAAGAGGAAGUGCGCGCUCGUGAUUUAUUCUAUGCUCUAUGGAUUCCGGAUCUCUUUAUGAAACGCGUCGAAGGUGGUGGUAAUUGGUCUCUUUUCUGUCCUAGUGAAGCCCCCGGUCUUCAUGAGGUUUAUGGAGAUGAGUUCGAGGUCCUUUAUGAACGCUAUGAGCGGGAAGGUCGCGCGCGAGAAACCAUCCCCGCUCAGAAAUUGUGGUAUCACAUUUUGGAAGCUCAAAUUGAAACUGGGAACCCUUUCAUGCUGUAUAAGGAUGCUUGCAAUGCCAAAUCUAACCAAAAGAACCUCGGAGUCAUCAAAUCAUCCAAUCUUUGCACUGAAAUUGUCGAAUACUCUUCUCCGGAUGAAACUGCUGUCUGUAAUCUUGCUUCCCUUGCUCUUCCAACCUACAUAGUGAAGGAUGCAUCUGGCAAACCAUUCUACGACUUCCAGAAACUCCAUGAUGUUACGAAGACGGUCGCUUUCAACCUCAAUCGCGUCAUUGAUCGCAACUAUUACCCCAUCCCUGAGGCCCGUCGAUCUAACAUGCGUAACCGUCCCAUUGGCAUCGGCGUUCAAGGUCUCGCUGACGCCUUCAUGGCGUUGAAGAUGCCUUUUGACUCGCCCGAAGCCAAGGAACUCAACACGAAGAUUUUCGAGACAAUUUACCAUGGCGCUUGUGAGGCGAGUUGCGAAAUGGCGAAGACGGAUGGUCCAUACGAGACGUGGAUGGGUAGUCCUGCUCAGCAAGGGCAAUUGCAAUUCGAUCUAUGGGGUGUUACACCUACCGAUCUCUGGGACUGGAAUACGUUGAAGGAGAGCAUUUCUAAGUAUGGAAUGAGGAACUCGCUGCUUACUGCACCAAUGCCUACUGCCUCUACAAGUCAGAUGCUCGGCUUCAACGAAUGCUUUGAGCCUUACACGAGCAACCUUUAUACUCGACGUGUCCUUGCAGGUGAAUUCCAGGUUGUCUGCCCCUGGCUGCUGAGGGACUUGGUCGACCUUGGCCUCUGGGAUGAUGCCAUGAAAAACAUGCUUAUCGCCCACCAUGGUUCUGUCCAAAACAUUCCUGCUAUCCCCGACAACAUCAAGUCUAUUUACAAGACGGUCUGGGAGAUCUCACAGAAAAAGGUUCUUGAUCUUGCUGCUGACCGUGGCGCGUUCAUCUGCCAAAGUCAGAGUUUGAAUGUUCAUCUCGCCUCGCCAACUAUGGGUCAAUUGACGAGCAUGCAUUUCUACGGGUGGAAGAAGGGAUUGAAAACUGGCAUGUACUACUUGAGGACAAAACCUGCAGCUCAAGCAAUUCAGUUUACUGUCGAUGCUGCCGUGUUAAAGGACGCUAAAAUGCACCAGGCUAAAGCUGCAGCUGAGAAGAAGGUGAACUUAAUACCCUCGAAACCUAUCGCGGUCGCUUCGGCUCCUGCUGAGCAUAAUUUUGCUUCAUCUUCGUCCUCCGGCACUUCAACACCCUCCAUGUCUAUGUCCUCCGUCUCUGUUAGCCCGUCCCCGAUCACUUCCGCCUCCGAUGUAAGCCCAUCAUUAGAAACUUUGUCCCUCGAUGAGACACAGAAGAAGGCGGCCGAGGCCGACCCAGAGUUCGCUGCUGCGCUUUUACGACAAAAAGAGCGAGAAUACGAGGAGGCGAAACUCCUUUGCUCGAUUGAGAACAAAGAAGCCUGCCUGAUGUGCUCUGGUUAA